AUGUCUGAGAUGACGACCGUCCGGGGGGAGACGUUCUCGAUCCCGGUCACUGACGAUACGCCGAUCUUUCGGCAUCAGUAUUGGUUGUCACAAUCGGAGAAGGAGAGUCUGAAUGAGCACAUUGAGGAACGCAUCAAGUGCGGAUUCAGUCGACCGUCCUCGUCCCCAUGGGCCUUUCCCACAACCAUGCCUCCUAAGAAGGAUGAGCACGGUAACUGGAUGCUUAAACGGCCAUGCGGAGACUAUUGGGAGCUGAACAAAGUCAGCGUCACGGAUCACUACCCGUUGCCCACGCCUGAGGAGAUCUUUGAUCAACUCCAGGGCGCGACGUGGUUUACCACGUUGGACCUUCGUUGGGGCUAUCACCAGGGCGCUAUCGAUGAGAAAGACUGUUGCAAGACAGCUUUCUGGGGACCUUGGGGACUCUUUGAAUGGGUCGUGAUGCCGUUUGGCCUGAAGAACGCUCCGGCCUUCUUUCAGCGCAUGAUGGAUACCACCUUGCGGGCUCAGUUCGAGUUCUGCCGCUGCUACAUUGAUGACAUGAUCAUCUUCAACAAGUCGUUCGACGAGCACUUGGUGCACUUGCGAGCGGUCUUCAAGAGCAGCUGCGCCGCAAACGGAUUCGGUGUCAUCCGAAGAAGCCGCCACGCUGAUCGGAGCAGCGCCGGCCUGGGCGCCGUGCUCGCUCAAAGAGACGAGGAAGGCAAGGAGUACGUUGUCGCGUACGCCUCUCGUAGCAACAAUCGGACUCAGCUCAACUACUCCAGCUAUCACGGAUAG